AUGGCCCACCAAGCACACGCAUACCACAUGGUUGAUCCAAGCCCCUGACCCCUAACUGGCGCAAUUGCCGCCCUCCUCUUAACAUCUGGCACUGCAAUCUGAUUUCACUUCCACUCCUUGGUUUUAGUAACUGCAGGAAUAAUCCUUCUCAUCCUAACAAUAAUCCAAUGAUGACGAGACAUUAUCCGAGAAGGCACCUUUCAAGGACACCAUACCCCACCUGUUCAAAAAGGUCUGCGCUACGGGAUAAUUUUAUUUAUUACAUCUGAAGUAUUCUUUUUCCUCGGCUUCUUUUGAGCCUUCUACCACUCCAGCCUGGCCCCUACCCCUGAACUAGGUGGGUGCUGACCCCCUACAGGAAUCAUCACCCUAGACCCAUUCGAAGUGCCCCUGCUCAAUACAGCCGUUCUCCUCGCCUCUGGCGUGACAGUCACAUGAGCCCAUCAUAGCAUUAUAGAGGGAGAGCGCAAACAAGCCAUCCAAUCCCUCACCUUAACAAUUCUUUUAGGAUUCUACUUUACUUUCCUCCAAGCCAUGGAAUAUUACGAAGCCCCCUUCACCAUUGCUGACGGGGUCUAUGGCUCAACCUUUUUCGUGGCUACAGGAUUCCACGGCCUACAUGUAAUCAUUGGCUCAACCUUCCUUGCCGUCUGCCUUCUCCGCCAGAUUCAAUACCACUUCACAUCACAACACCACUUUGGGUUUGAAGCAGCCGCCUGGUACUGACACUUUGUGGACGUUGUCUGACUCUUCCUCUACGUAUCCAUCUAUUGAUGAGGCUCAUA